AUGUUAUGGAUAAUUUUUUUAUUUUUAAAUGUUGUUGCAACCGAUGAUUCUCAAGAGAAAUUUAAACAAUGUAAUAAUCAACAAUGUAUUUUAAUACAAUGUUAUUUUCCUGUUCCUGAAUUUUUAAAUACAACACGAAAUGAAAUAAAAUUAUUUGAAAACUUUAUUGAACAACAUCAUAUAUUUAUCAGCUAUUAUUUAUGUAAUGAUCUAUCAGUAGAUAAUAUGGAUGAAGUAGGUGCAUGUAUUUAUGGUGUACUUUUUAAACUUUAUCAAUUUGAUGCAAAUUUAACAAUUCAUCAACGUAUACAUGUUCAACAAGCACAAAUACAAGACGAAUCAGUAGCUGCUGUUAUGGAUAUGAUGUAA